GAGAAUAUUUAUCUUUUAUGUUGUGUAUCACUUCCUGCAGAUAUACAACUGCCUGAUGUUUCACGUUCAAGAUUGGCUCCCCUGUAUGAAUUUCUUCAUCCUGGAUGAUCCUUCACGCUCACACAUUGUCAUGAUGGAGAUGACCAAUUUGCCGUCACUUGUGUUCUUCCAUUGCCGGGAAAGUGAAGUGAACAACUUGAUUCAAGCAAUAAAGAAAAUAAACCAAUAUAAGAAGCAAGAAGACUUAAUAUACACUGUUCCCCAAUACCUAGAAGAACCACUACAGAUGCUGAUUCAAGAAACUAAAACCCACAUAAGAAUUGUCAGAUUUCACUCCUUCAUCUACCAGCCUCACUUGGAUACUGAUCCCCUCAGAUGUGGGUCAGGUUUCCGUGUCUGUCGACUGGGAAAGGCGGGACUGCAACAUCUGUUACUGAAGAACACCUUCUUGAAUAAUAAAUCACAGGAGCUCAUGUGGAGGCUGACGGAGAAUGUGCCAGCGGUCGCUGUGUACGUUGUUAGAUGUGGGUCAGGUUUCCGUGUCUGUCGACUGGGAAAGGCAGGACUGCAACAUAUGUUACUGAAGAACACCUACUUGAAGAAUAUACCAGAGGAGCUCAUGUGGAGGCUGAUGGAGAAUGUGCCAGCGGUCGGUGUGUACCUUGAUCCAAGUGUAACAAAGGAGGUGUUCCUGGACAUCCAGAAUUUACCCUACGCUGGAGACAAUGAAAUACCUGUAUCUUGGAUUUCUCCCACCGUUUGUGGUUAUCUGGGUAUGUUAGGGACAGAGAAAGGCUUCAGGAGACUGGGCCAUGCAACUCUGGUAACAAGAGUAGCAGCCAGACUAUUAGCUAGUAAGGGUUGCAUCCCUAACUGCGAUGUAGACAUCACAAACACAGCUUCUAAAGAGAUGUUUAAUAAGAUGACAGGGUGGGAACAAACUCACUCUGUAACCUCGUUCACAACUGAGAACAAACAAAUAUAAGUUAGAAGGAAACAAUAACUUAAUAUAUGAGAUUUGUUAGGAAUGUAUCCAAAAUACCUAAAUUUAUAUAAAUAUGUUGUCAUAUAAAUAUCCACUUCUCCCUAAAUUGGUCUUUGAAAACAUUUCUUCUCAAAGAACCCCAAUGGAAUAUUUACUCUGACUUUUUUGGGUUAUCCAAGGUUCUCUACACAUAUGCUGCUAUGUAUGAUAAUCUAUGUAACUGUAUUUGUGUAUACCUGAAUAAACUUACCUACUUACU